AUGGAUCCCGGUCUUCUAUUUGAUGCUUUUGUUUGGGGCAGCGAUGCAGCUAUCAAAUUUCGUUUUCUUCUCUCCAGAGGUCUUGAUCUUACCACGACGAUUGCUGGAAAAUGGGGCAUGCCUCUACAUGUUGCAGCCCUUUUCGCCGAUAAGGAGGUUAUAAGGAUACUCCUCGAUCUGGGAACAGACCCGACCUCCCGGUCAUACUGUACAAAGUUCAAGAACAAUAGCCCUGUGGAAGUUGCCGAGUGGAAGAUGCGAGCUUCUCAUGAAGGCUCUUCUACAAAGCGCACGUAUGAAAGUGUAAUGGAGCUUCUCGAGUCUGAGAAAGAAGGACGUAUUGUUUGCCAAUUGCUGUAUCAGAGAGGCCAAAUGCUGAGAACAGUACAAAGCCGCCUGAAACGAAGAAAGAAGAAAGAGAUGUACAGCGUGCUAAUGACAUUACGGGUUGGUCGGGAUCUUCGAAUUGUGGAACAGUUUUACUAG